ACCUGCUGCUGCGAAGGGAAACGUCCCCGGAUCGAGUCCAGAGGAAAUGAACGAGCAGAGGGCGAGGAGUAACAGGAAGACGCUGAGAGCCGGGAGGGACAAAAUGUGAGGAGAGGGGAGACGGAGACAGAAAGAAGGUCGCUUUCAUUUCUGGCUCUUGCUUUGGCUGCUGCCGGUUUCCGGGGUGAAUUUCUCAGGAUGCUGCUGCAGAUCGCGCCUCAACAUCCGCGCAUCUGAAGGAGGAAGAGCAGGAGGAGGAGGAGGAGAUGCUGGCUGGACCUUCAGAAGGAUUUCCCUGACGCAUCUGUCAGCAUCUCAGUCGCAUCACCGCCGAAGGGAGAGGAACCCCAGAAGGAAAGAAAGCGCGGAUAUUUUUCCUUCCUCCUAAAUUAUUCAUCUGCUCUCUGCGCUCCGCACACGCCGCUGUCUUUGUCUCGCAUCUUCAGAGGAUGGUUUUCAGCGGAGAGGCGGCGGACGGCGCCCCGGAUUGCUCCAGCGCAGCGACAUGCAGCCUAAAAUAACCCCGGAGUCGGACAGCGAAGCGGCGGAUACAUCGUCCUCUCAUCGGCGCACUGCUGGCUCUGGCGGCUCAAGCUUCCCUGCGGCUUUCCGUCCAGCUGAUGUCACCCGGUGAGACGUCUCCGCAGCCUCCAGAUCUCCGCUGAGCAUCAGCUGACCUUCCGCCCGCCCUGAAACCCAAAACCGACCGGCGCCCGAACUCUUUUUCAUGGCUUUUGUCUUCAGAAGAUGGAGGGUGUUACUGCUGCUCAACGUGCUGGCGGUCGCAGGGUUCAUGACCUUCUGGGCCAAGUGCAACACCCGCAGCGUGCAGGUGGCCGGUCCGGAGGCUCCGGCUGACGGGAGGCGGCCCCGGGCCAACGGCACGGCGCAGGGGCCCAGCGUGAGCCACGAGGUGCUGCUGAAGAGGCUCAGCUCGCUGGAGGAUGUGGUGUACCGGCAGCUGAACGGUCUGUCCAAGUCCCUGGGCCUGAUCGAGGGCUUCGGCGGCCGCGGGAAGGGCGGCCUGGCCGCCACGCUUUCCCCGCUGGAGGAGAACGACGCCAAGUACCUGAAGGAGAAGUACGGCUACAACGCCUACCUGAGCGACCGGAUCUCUCUGGACCGGACCAUCCCGGACCACCGGCCCAACAAAUGUAGGAAAGUCAGCUACCCCCGAGACCUGCCUCAGAUCUCCCUCAUCUUCAUCUUCGUCAACGAGGCGCUGUCGGUCAUCCUGCGCUCCGUCCACUCGGCCGUCAACCACACGCCGGCUCACCUGCUCAAAGAGAUCAUCCUGGUGGACGACAACAGCGACGACGAGCAGCUGAAGGCGCCGCUGGAGGAUUACGUGAACAAGCGCUACCCUGGGCUGGUCAAGAUCGUCAGAAACCAGAAGAGAGAAGGACUGAUCCGGGCCAGAAUCGAGGGCUGGAAGGUGGCGACGGCCGAAGUGACCGGGUUCUUUGAUGCCCAUGUGGAGUUUACGCCAUCGUGGGCCGAGCCGGUGCUGGCCAGAAUCAAAGAGGACCACAAGAGGAUCAUCCUGCCGUCCAUCGACAACAUCAAGCACGACACCUUCGAGGUGGAGCGCUACGAGAACUCGGGCCACGGCUACAACUGGGAACUGUGGUGCAUGUACAUCAACCCGCCCAAGCAGUGGUGGGACGAGGGGGACAUGUCGGCACCCAUCAGGACUCCUGCCAUGAUUGGCUGCUCCUUCGUGGCCAACCGGGACUACUUUGGGGAACUCGGCCUGCUGGACUCGGGCAUGGACGUCUACGGAGGGGAGAACAUCGAGCUGGGCAUCAGGGUUUGGCUCUGCGGCGGAAGCAUGGAGGUGCUGCCUUGCUCCAGAGUGGCUCACAUUGCUCGAAUGAAGAAACCUUACCACAGCAACAUCGCGUUCCACACCCGGCGCAACGCUCUGCGUGUGGCAGAGGUCUGGAUGGACGAAUACAAAUCCAAUGUGUACCUGGCCUGGAACAUCCCCAUGGAGAACCACGGCAUCGACUACGGUGACGUUUCUCAGAGGGCGGCCCUGAGGAAGAAUCUGCAGUGCAAGAGCUUCCAGUGGUACCUGGACAACGUUUACCCGGAAAUGAGGAGGUACAACAACACGGUGUUCUACGGUGAGAUCCGUAACUCCAAAGUGAGCCACCUGUGUAUGGAUCAGGGUAUGAAGGAAAACCACACAGCCACCCUUCACCCCUGCCAUGGCUGGGGUCCUCAGUUGGGACGCUACACCAAAGAGGGUCAGCUGUUCCUGGGUCCGCUGGGCAGCACCGGAGACGACACCCGCUGCGUGGUGGACGACCCGAUCAGCAGCUUCCCACAACUCCUGAACUGUGACAAGGUGACCAACGCCAAGCAGAAGACCUGGAGCUUCUCCCAGAACGACUCCAUCGUAAACCGGGCCACGGGUCGCUGUCUGGAGGUGGUGCCGGCCAACGUUUACUUUGGCCACCUGCUGGUCCUGCAGCCCUGCUCGGGUCAGAGGUGGACCAUCAAGAACGCCAUGAAGCCGUAGCCGCCGGCGCCGCCGCUUCCUGGGCUGCGAUUGGCUGAGGCUGGUCACAACGAGCCAAUGAGACGCUGAUGCAAACCUUCAACAGAAACGUUUUAUCAAAACUUUGGGUGCCAUGAAGAUUAUCGUGAAUUAUUUUUUAUAAAAUGAACAUUCAGAAUGACAAACUAAGCAUGAGGACUGAUUCUCUGAUUUAUUUUGACUUGAUGUGUUGUUAUAAAUCCUCUGUGUGUGUGGGUGUGUGUGUGUGUGUGUGUGUGUGUGUGUGUGUGUGUGUGUGUGUGUGUGUGUGUGUGUGUGGGUGUGUGUGUGUGUGUGUUACUGCUGAACCAUGAUUUGAUGUUCAUGACAUGAGACUCAAUCAACCAAAAAUGUUGGACAGGAAGAGCAGAAGCUCUGGAGCCGACCUUCAUGUCGGUGCGUUUCUGCAAACUUCAUGUGUUUCUGUUUCAAACCGGUUUGGACGAGCGGCUCUCUGGAGGGGCGGCUCUCUGGAGGGGCGGCUCUCUGGAGGGGCUCUCUGGACGGGCGGCUCUCUGGAGGGGCGGCUCUC